GUGCGGCAGCGACGAUACAGGCGGUAGUUGGUGGGAGCGCGAACGGAGUUUGAAAUAGAGGCGGCUGGUUUAUUUAUUUUUUUAAAAACCAGCUUCUUUUGAAAACCCGGUGCAUUUAAGGUUUUGGAGGGGGGAAGAGGCAACAACAACAACAAAAAUGGUGUGUUGCAGGGUGCAAUCGGCCUGGAUUUGGAGCCUGUGGCUGGUGAUGGCCCAGUCUGCCCGCUGCACGGCAGAGCAGGGAGGCAGAGCCGAGCUGACAGCCGAGCCUGCGGUCGAGCCGCUGGGCGACACCAACUGGACGCUGAUCCUGAGCGGAGAGUGGAUGCUGCAGUUCCAUGCACCCUGGUGUCCCGCCUGCAAACAGAUCCAGGUUGACUGGGAAGAUCUCGGGAAGGCCCGCGGGGAACUUGGCAUCCACGUCGGAAAGGUGGACGUGACCCGAGAACCAGGUUUGAGUGGUCGUUUUUUUGUGACGACUCUGCCAACCAUUUAUCAUGCCAAGGAAGGUGUUUUCCGCAAGUACCACGGCGCCCGGAUGCUGGAGGACUUCCAUAGUUUCGUGAAGGAGAAGAAGUGGGAGGCUGUGGAGUCGAUCAGUGGAUGGAAAUCACCAUCUUCCAUUGUGAUGUCCGGAAUGGCGGGACUUUUCCGGCUCUCCGUAUGGAUCAGACAAAUGCAUAGUUAUCUGACUGAGACAAUGGGAAUUCCAGUCUGGGGCUCCUAUAUCAUCUUUGCUUUGGCAACUCUCGUGGUGGGUCUCAUUCUGGGCCUGAUUUUGGUCUUAAUUGCUGAUUGUAUAUGUCCUCCCAAGCGCCACGAGAGCAGCGAAGUAUCAGAGGUUUUCGAGGUAGAAAACGAAGCGGAGGAGGAAGAGGACGAGGAGGAAGGGGAGAAGAAGGUUCCGGAAGCUCCCGGUUGGGAAGCGGAUGGCUCGGAGGCGGAGGAUGAGACGGAGGCCUUUGACGAUUCCCCGGUUGAGGGUGACCAUGGCAACAGUGAGCAUGAAGACGAGUUGGAGCCACAGCCUUCCAGCAGCGAGACGGAUGGUGCGGUCAGAAAGAGAAUACUGAAGGAAGACUCCUAAACGAACAUCACCCAUUGGAACCUGGACCAAAGCAAUGUGCUUCUGGGGAUUUUCUGCCCCACACUUUUGAACUUAAAAUCUUUUUUUUAGCUUGUUUUGAAUUCGAAAUUAUUUUUUUUUCUCCCAUUUCUGAAUUUAUUGGCUGUGACAACCUGAGGUCAAAUUUCAAUUUGCUGGACAUGCCUGUAAAAAAAUAAUCGUAAAAAAAAAAAAUUUCAAAAAAAUAAUCUUACAAAAAAAAAUGCUUCAAAAAAAAAUAAUUAUACAAAAAAAACGCUUUAAAAAAAAAAAACGCUUGACGAAUACUCCCGAACGAAAGGGGCGGCAUUUGAACGAAUGGAUGAAUGAGUGAAUGAUACGUUAUUAUCACGUGACGAGUCGCAGCGAGAUUCUUUGUUUUGCGUGCCCAAGGUAUGCAAAGAACCGCCACCUAAAGAGCGGAGAGAAAUGUCACAAAGUAUUCGAUUUUAGCGCAAAGUUGGGGUAUUUGGGGUCCCCGUUUAAUUCUGGGCAGACCCUCAACGCCGGGUCCUCUUUAGUGCUCGGCGGUCCUCCUCGAUGCUGGCUCCCCAUUUGUUCUCCCUCUCCACACACUGUGUCCUCCUUUAUUCUCCUUCUCCACGGUUCCCCCACGCUGGGUCUUCCUCUGUUCUCAGCGGAGUGAAGCAGUCCGGCCAAACUCUGCGGCACCCACCGCCAACACGACCUCAUGAGGGGUAGAAUCAGGCCAGUCGGUCAGCCAAGUCUACUCCGCCAUUUAAUCCUGGCUGAUCUAUCUCUCCCUCCUAACCCCAUUCUCCUGCCUUCUCCCCAUGACCUCUGACACCCGUACUAAUCGACCUCGGCUAGCCGACCCCUUGCGCGACCUCGACUGCAGGCAUUUGUUCAGUAAGUAAGCUUUACCUGCCCCACCGCACGUGUGCAAAUGGAGGUUAUCUUCAAAACAAAUAACAUGUUUGCCGACAGUAUACACAGGCAUUGCCUUGCCUCACCUCACCCAGGCAUAUCCUGCGCUUCCUGUACACCCUUUUGCAGCGCGCAUCUUAAUAGGAAUUCUGUCUUUAGGUAGCGUCAUGGAUACAUACAGGGUGGAAACAGGCCCCUUCGGCCCAACUUGCCCACGCCGGCCAACAGCCCCAUCUAUGCUAGUCCCAUCUGCCUGCGUUUGGCCCAUAUCCCUCUAAACCUGUCCUAUCCAUGUACCUGUCUAUCUUGCAACAAUACCUGCCUCAACCACCUCCUCCGGCAGCUCGUUCCAUACACCCACCACCCUCUGUGUGAAAAUGUUACCCCUCAGGUUCCUAGGAAAACAGCCCCCCACCUCCCCUCACCAUAGGUAGAAGUUGGAUGGUUUAAGUUUCAAAGUUUGGAAACUUUUGAAUGCUUUUGGCACCUUACACUUGGAAAAGUGAAUUCAAUGAACUCGGUAAGAUCGAGGUAAAACAGUAGGAUGGGUCUCGAACUGAAAACGUCACCUGUUCCUUCUCUCUGCCUGUCCCCGCUGAGUUACUCCAGCAUUCUGUGUCUAUCUUUGGUGUAAACCAGCAUCUGCAGUUCCUUCCAGCACAGUGAGAUUUCCAUUGAAGGGCGUAGUUCAGUUUAGUUUAUUGUCACGUGUACUGAGGUACAGUGAAAAGCUUCUGUUGCGUGCUAACUCGUGAGCAGAAAGACAAUACACGAUUACAAUCGAUCCAUUUACAGUGUAUAGAUACAUGAUAAGGGAAUCACGUUUAGUGCAAGGUAAAGCCUCAUCAAGGGAUAGUCCGAGGGUCAUCAAUGAGGUAGAUAGUAGUUCAGCACUGCUCUCUAGUUGUGGAAGGAUGAUCCAGCUGUCUGAUAGACAAUAGACAAUAGGUGCACGAGUAGGCCAUUCGGCCCUUUGAGCCAGCACCGCCAUUCACUGUGAUCAUGGCAGGACAAAGUCUGGCAAGUGAUGGGUGGAUACAGGUGAAGGGGGGGGGGGGUGAGAUUAAUUUGCAGAUGAGAAGUAAGUGACAAAUCUUAGAGGUGAAUGUGAGACAAAAGGGUGUUGGAUGAAGGGAGGAGAGGGGGAGUGAAAUGUAAAACUAGAGUGGAGGAUAGGGGUGGAAGGGAACAGGAAGACCUGCACUACUAGGCCAUUCGGCCCAUCAAGUCUACUCCGCCAUUCAAUCAUGGCUGACCUAUCUUUCCCUCUCAACUCCUGCCUUCCCCCCCAUCCACCCCCAUAACCCCUGUCAUCAGUGCUAAUCAAGAAUCUAUCUAUCUCUGCCUUAAAUAUAUAUCCAUCGACUUCACCACCACAGCCUUCUGUGGCAAUGAAUUCCACAGAUUCACCACCCUCUGACUGAAGAAAUUCUUCCUCGUCUCCUUCCAAAAGGAAAGUCCUUUAAUUCUAAGACUAUGACCUCUGGUCCAAGACUCUCCGCUGGUGGAAACCUCCUCUCCACAUCCACUAUAUUAGCCCAUGUCAUUACUUCCCAAAAGUCUGAUCAAUUUAAAGAACGUUUUUUGGUGCCUGUGUGUGUGUGUAUGUGUGGGUAGAUUUUUAACGAGGAACCGUUAAAUGAAAUGGAAUUACGUUGUUCUGAAAUGUUUCACAUUGUCUAUAUAUUUUGAGCAAUAUUCUGGCACGUUUGCAUGUGACCUGUGCGUUUGUCAGAUGGGUUUAACAAAACUUUUGCUUUUUGUACAUAAUCGGUGAGUAAUCCUCCCUCAAUAUCCUCCCUCAAUCUAACAUUGGGCUUGAAGUGUGAAGAUUUGUACUAUUUUUGUAAAGAAUCUUUCUUUCUGGGUUUGUAUUGAGGGGGGGGCAAGGAAAGCUGUAUUUUGAAAUUCCCGUUUUUUUUGUAUUUCAAGACCACAGUGUCCACAAUAUAUCACUUUUGUAAGAUGAAUGCAGAAAUACCUGUUAUAUUUUGUAUUUAUUGCUUUGCCCAUAGAUUGGCUGCACCCUUGUUUACAAGUCAUGCAGAGGUUUCUGAAAACUUUAAUAAAAAAUGAUCUGCAGAUGCUGGUUUAUACCAAAGAUGGACACAAAGUGCGUGGAGUAGCUCCACUGGGUGAAACCGUGGCACAGCGGGUAGAGUUGCUGCCUUAUGCCCCUGUCCCACUUAGGAAACCUGAACGGAAACCUCUGGAGACCUUUGCGCCCCACCCAAGGUUUGCGUGCGGUUCCCGGAGGUUUUUGUCAGUCUCCCUACCUGCUUCCACUACCUGCAACCUCCGACAACCACCUGCAACCUCCGUUCAGGUUUCCUAAGUGGGACAGGUGCAUAACAGUGCUUGCAGCGCCAGAGUUCGAUCCCGACUACGGGUGCUGUCUGUACGGAGUUUGUACGUUCUCCCCGUGACCUGCGUGGGUUUUCUCCGAGAUCUUCGGUUUCCUCCCACACUCCAAAGACGCACAGGUUUGUAGGUCAAUUGCCUUGGUAUAAAUGUAAAUUGCCCCUAGUGUGUGUGUGUGCAGGGUAGUGUUAGUGUGCGGGGAUCGAUGGUCGGUGCGGACUCGAAGGGCCUGUUUCCGUGCUGUAUCACUAAAGUAAACUCAGCAGGUCAGGCAGGAACAUGGAGAGGUGACGUUCCGGGUCGCGACUCGAGAGAAGUUUUAAAGAGUGACCCAUGAAACGUCACCUAUCCACCUUCUCCGGAGAUACUGCCUGACCCGCUGAGUAACUCCAGCGCUUUGUGUCUAUCUUCUGAAAGCUUUCGCGCCUCUGCGCUGCGAGUUACCGGGAUGAGUGCAAAGUGAAAUGAAUGGCUGCUGCUCUUAUCCAUCCACCUUGCCUUUUUUUUAAAAAACAUAAAUGUUCACAAGUUUUAUUGUUAAUGCUGUGCAAUGUUAACUUAUGAGUACCCAUGAAAGCUCAGAGGGGUGGAUGAUGCUUCUUGGUUUCCUGGUCCUCCAAAAUAUUCCAAAUGGAAUUUAAACUGGAGGUGGUGGAGGGAGGGCUGAAGCCAGAGAGGGUUAUUGGGAAGAAAGAGCUACCUUAAAUUUAGUUGCAUCUGGUUGGGGAACUAUGGUAGGGUGAAGUCUAUUCCAUGCUUUUAUUGUGCGGGGGAAGAAUGAAUUGGGCUGCGGAGCCAAGCACAUUGGAGAGGUCACGAGACCAGCAGAUGUACGGCACGGACUACUCACUCGUUAAUAUCUGUUCCCGUUACACAGCAGAAGGUAUGUAAUCACUUAAGCACGACACUUUCUGUUUGUUAAUUUUGGAACCAGAGGCAUACUUUUUACCACGCGGAUGUUAUUUCUAGUGAUCCAAUUAUUUCUGUUAUAUCUAAUAAAGGCAUGCCUUUGUACACCU